AUGAACUCAUCAAGGCGCCUCCUGGCCUCAGCAACCUCCGCUCGCGGCGGUAAUGGCCUCAGGCCCGAGCCUCUCGCCCUGCUGCCGCCAAUACCACUUUACCGGCGCCUCUUCCGCGCGCACCGGAAACAUCUGCCCAAGCAGAUGCGGGUGCUGGGCGACGAGUACAUCAAGGCAGAGUUCAGGGCGCACCGCAACGUUGACAACCCUGCACAUCUGAUUGGGUUCUUGACGGAGUGGCAGCUUUACGCCCAGAAAAUAGAGGGCGAUGCUUGGGUCGGCGAGAAGUUGGAUCCAGGCAAGGUUGAGAAGAUGAGUGAUCAACAAAUAGGGCAGCUCUACGAGCUGAUGCAGGCGAUAAAGAAAAGCCGCGAGGAAGGAGAGCCGGGCAGCUCAGCUCCAUGA